CGCUCUCUGUAGCGGAUUGAAGCUCUCCUGGACAGCUCUCUCCCCGUAUGCCUAGUGCAAAUCACAUAGGAGAAGCUGCCCUUUCUCAGUGCAUAAAAGCACGGUCUAUCUCCCUGGCAACACACAAACUGAGUUAGCAACAUUGGACACAACACAUUUCAGUGGAGGAGGCGGCGGGAGAGGAGGUGACGGUGACCGGCAGUGAGGUAACUUAAGGAGCUGGAGUCCCACUAAGAAUAGAAGACAAGGCUGUGGAAAGAGACGGGAAAGGCUCCUUGUUCCCUAAUCUAGCCAACUAAAGAUAUCAUUUCUUCUUAAACUUCUGAAUGGUUCAAAGAAACGAUUUUCAUUUUAUGGAUAGAAGUUUUUAUCCAUUACAUGAUGAGUCUUACAAGAGAGAAACCACAUCUGUGCUCUGAGUGUGACAGAAGCUUUACACAUAAAUCAAAACUUAUCAUACAUCAGAGGAGUCACACAGGAGAGAAACCUUUUAAAUGUUCUGAAUGUAGCAAGUGUUUUUCCCAGAAGUCAUAUCUUCUCAUACAUCAGAGGAGUCACACAGGAGAGAGACCACAUCUGUGUUCUGAGUGUGACAGAAGCUUUACAUAUAAAUCAAAACUUAUCAUACAUCAGAGGAGUCACACAGGAGAGAAACCAUUUACAUGUUCUGAAUGCAGCAAGUGUUUCUUCCGGAAGUCACUUCUUCUUAUACAUCAGAGGAGUCACACAGAAGAGAAACCAUUUAUUUGUACUGAAUGCAGCAAGUGUUUCUUCCGGAAGUCACAUCUUGUUAUACAUCAGAGGAGUCACACAGGAGAGAAACCAUAUCUGUGCUCUGAGUGUGACAGAAGCUUUACAUGUAAAUCAUAUCUUAUCAGACAUCAGAGGAGUCACACAGGAGAGAAACCACAUAUGUGCUCUGAGUGUGACAGAAGCUUUACAUGUAAAUCACAUCUUAUCAGACAUCAGAGGAGUCACACAGGAGAGAAACCAUUUGAAUGUUCUGAAUGCAGCAAGUGUUUUUCCCUGAAGGCAGCGCUUGUUAUACAUCAGAGAGUUCACACAGGAGAGAAACCAUUUGAAUGUUCUGAAUGCAGCAAGUGUUUUUCCCAGAAGUCAGAGCUUGUUAUACAUCAGAGGAGUCACACAGGAGAAAACCCAAUUAUAUGUUCUGAAUGCAGCAAAUGUUUUACCAGGAAGUCAUAUCUUGUUAUACAUCAGAUGAUUCACACAGGAGAGAAACCAUUUACAUGUUCUGAAUGUAAGAAGUGUUUUCCCCAGAAGUCGGAUCUUGUUAAUCAUCAGAGGAGUCACACAGGAGAGAAACCAUUUGAAUGUUCUGAAUGUAGGAAGUGUUUUUCCCAGAAGUCACAUCUUGUUAUACAUCAGAGGAGUCACACAGGAGAGAAACCAUUUAUAUGUUCUGAGUGCAGCAAAUGUUUUUCCCAUAAGUCACAUCUUGUUAUACAUCAGAGGAGUCACACAGGAGAGAAACCAUUUACAUGUUCUGAAUGUAGCAAGUGUUUUACUAGAAAGAAAACACUCAGUAAUCACAUGCGGAGUCACUCUGAGGGCCUGAAUGCAGCUUGUGUAUCAUAAGUAAUGUAACUUAUCACAACUAUAUGAAUUCAAUGGAGACCAUAUUUAUUUUCUGAAUGUAGCAAGUGUUUUACUAGAAAGAAAACAAUCAGUAAUCACAUGCGGAGUCACUCUGAGGGCCUGAAUGCAGCUUGUGUAUCAUAAGUAAUGUAACUUAUCACAACUGUAUGAAUUCAAUGGAACCAAUAUUUAUUUUCUGAAUGUGACAAGUGUUUUAUAUAAAUGACUCUUGAUAAAGACAGCAGAGGUCAGACAAGUGGACCUGGAGGUACUUUUCCCCUUGGGAAGGUCUCUGUGUUAGGAACUAGAGCUGCAGUAUAACAAUAGCCAAUGACCGUGGGACUGCCAUUACUGAGCUCUGUAAUAUACAGCUGUUCUGCUCAUGCAGGUGCUGGGACUAGUAGAGAGUUCCAGCAGCUCCUUUCAGUACUGGGAUUCCUUCUCUGACCAGCAGGGCUAUGAGUGCUGGGUAUUUCUACAGGAACAAUGUAUGCUGUUCUGUUUCACCGUAUGGGUUAUUGUAUGGGGUGUUAUUUUUAACCACUUUUUAGAUGCCAUUUUGUCCAUGUUUAACUCCAUUUUGUAUAUGUAUGACCUCCUUGCUUUAAAUACUGUACAUACUUUUUAUUAGGAUUAGUGCUUUGCAGACAUAUAGGCAGCAGUUAGAAAUAUAGUCUCACAUUAAGUUACAAGUUUUCUUUCACCUUUGACAUAGUGUGAAAGACAUGGCUGAUUAUAAUAAAUAUAUGUUCCUGUUAUCAGUAUCUCAGAUGGAAACUGUCUAGUAAGAUGUUUGGGGUAUUGUGUACAUAAGUAGGGGAAAGGGUACAGUUGUCUAGAAUAACAUAUAUUAUGUUAUCCUGAAUGACUACUGCACCCAGCAUCACAGACCCUGAAUGUAAUAUCUGGUAAGACAAUGUUAGCGUAUCCUUGCAGGGUUAUAAAGCCUAGAGACUUACACAUAGCAAGUAGUUCUGAUGGAAGCUAGGUCUGGCUGCAGCGGACCUAGACUUCUACAAACCCCCUCCAGCUUUUAACUUGCGACAAAGUUAUUAGGCGGGACCCUAGAGAAUGACUGAACUACAUUAUUUAAACUACUUAAUCGAUGACCAUCAUCUGGGACAGAUCUUAUAACAUCUGGGAUAAGAGCUGAGUGUUCUAAUUUGUUCUUGUUAUUAUUGUAACUGACUAGAACUUGUUACUUGCAUGUUUUCAUUAUUGUAACUUUGACUAAUGAUUAUCCUUUUUACUUUGUCCUGUGAGUGUCUCCAUAUUUAACACAUUGUAUUCCAGAACCUGGUCGCUUGAGAUUUUCAACAGACAACAGUUAUAUUAACUUAGUAUCAGUUUUUCAAAGCCACUGAUUCUCACGGGUGUAGUACGGGUGACCGGCGGUCUCCUUACCGAUGCCGGGAUCCCGGCGGGGAGGGGCGAGUGCAGCAAGCCCCUUGCGGGCUCGGUGGCGACCUGCGGUAGCCACUGGUUCUAUUCCCACUGGAACACCCACGAGUGGAAAUAGUCCCUGUUGGUCGGCAUGCCGACCAUCGGGAUAGUGAGCCAUCGGGCUCACGGGGGAGGUCAUGUGACGGUCGGCUGACCGACCGUCGGUCACAUGACUACCACUCUUCUCACUGUCUAUGAUCGCUGGAUGAUAAAGGUCAGUAAUAAUACAUGUAAAUUCAGGCUUGUUUUGCUUGUAUUUCUAUUGCCCUUUAAAUCCAGCACACAAAUGGAGUGAAAAUCUCUGGCUUUCAAAAUAACUGUGUAGUAACUACAGUAUACUCGCUACAGGUCUUUCCUCUGGUCUCUUAUACCUCUGUAUUCUUUCUCUAAUACCUUUUAUAUUACUAUUUACUAAAAUGGUGCAAUUAAAACACUGGUCAUCUGUAUCCCAUUGCAACCAAAUUAGAACACUUGUUUGCUGGCACUAGACAGCUAAUAGCUGAUAUCUGGUUGCUAUGGGUUACAGCGCAUGCUUGUUUUUCACAUCAUGUAAUUAAACAAGUCCCAAGUUGUGCACAUUGUGUACCAGGCUAAUAGUAAAGUUCCUUCACAAUAAAUGAAACUAGUAUGACAGUAAUAAUAUACACGAUACCUUGACAUAAGGGGUCAUACAGACCUGAACACAGCCGUGCAUCUGUACGCAGUGGCUGCAUUUGGGUGGUCUGCGCACAUGCACUGGCCGCAGUGCACAUGUGUGACCCUUCUCGUGGCUGCAUCCAGGAAGGAUGUGGCCGCAAGAUGAUUGACAGCAGCGACCACUGUGGGGUGGCGACGCAGCAUUGGGGGGCGGAUGCAUGAUGUCACAUGCAGCUGCUCCAAUUUAAAAAAUGGUGGGCGACUGCCUGACAGCACAGACAGGCUGCGCUGCUGGGGGUCAAUCUUAGUUUCAUACAUCUGCAAUCUAAUUGCAGAUGCAUCAGGAGGCAGACCAUCACACAUACCGGGCAGCCUUGUCCUGUGCUGGGCGGCCCCCAGCAUGUGAAGAGAUGGGCGCAGAUCUGGCUGCAUAUAUCUCUGAAUCAGGUCCAUAGGACUCAGUGAUGUAACGCAGACAGAUCUGUCCUGUAUGUAGACUGAAGGACCAUGUACAAAUAAUGUGCCGGAUGUAAUGGGCUGCGAGACGGAUGGAGCUCUGAGACUGGUUUUGCCUUGUAAACAUUUGCUGCUGUGAAAUAAUGUAGGAGUUGGGCCGGAGUCUCGGAGCUCUGGCCGUCUCCAAACCAUUACAUCCGGCCCCAUAUCUGUAAUACCCAUACAUGUUACUAGCAGUUGUCCCCAUAAUGGGUGUACUACGAUAUACCGGCGCUUGGGAUACCGGCUCCCAGCAUAUCUGCGCCAAGAUCCCGACCACCGGUAUGCAGAGCGCCAGGAUCCCGACAGCUGGGAUAUCGAGAGCCUCCCCCCAUAACACUCAUUGAAUAAAACAAUUUCAUCAAUAUUUAAUACUUUUGUACAUUCCUCUUCUACAUUUUAGAAGUCAGAACCAGGAGAGAUACUUAGGUGAUCAUGUAAUGAUAACUAUCUCGCAAACAAUAUUAAAUCCUCAAAGAAUCAUUUAUCAUUAUUGCUACUCGGCAAAUAGAUUAUUUAUGUCAUUUUACAGCUGUGGAUGAAAUAUAAACACAGGGUCUUCCUGCCAAUCAGGGAUUGCUCUGUAGAAGGAACGAUACUUCGUAUUCCCUGCUUUGCUGCUGUCUUUCCUUGUCUCCUGUCCUCAUGAGGAAUAACUUGGAGUAAAACAAUCCCCCUGCCGCACAGCUUAGCCAGUGUAGGUGGUUAUUCAGUAAGGAGUGUAAUCACGAUCCUCUGUGCAAUUUCCUGAUGGGGAACCGGCCCAUGUGUAAUACCUAUUAUGUGCAUGUGCAGUACAGGUCCUGCAAUAGCAUUGCAUUAAGUGAAUCAACCAGGCAGAGGCUGAAAUUAAAAUUUUCUCGAAACUGUUACUGCUAAAAAUGGCAUGUGCCGAGCCGCCCAGAAAGGGUAAAAGACGCACACUGAUUUGCUCCCACAUAUUAGCAUACACUGCUCUCUGGGUGCCCAUUCCAAGAAAAAUGUUUUACUCUGUAUUAAAUACAUUUUCUGACCUUUUUUGGAAA